AUGAAUCAAUAUGGAGGAUGCAAAAAGUGCUUUGGCUCAGGCUGCUGGUAUUGUGCCGGAAGCCUGUGGUCAGGGUCAAGAAGACCGGAGAUUGUGGAAAACAUGGCGCAGAGUGGGAUUGAGGGCUGUAGACGUAUUAAUACGGCGAACUUUACCCGACCCUUGAAUAUACAAAGGUUGAUCGAUCGCGAUCUGAGCCCUUCUGGUUCUAGUCACAGUUCUCCAUCUUUGUCAUUCUACAUGCCAUCGCAUCUAGAUUCUUCGACGAGGCCCGGAAGCUCACACAAACGACAAGCAUCAUCAUCACAUCUUGAAACUUCAAAAUCUCGUUCAAAGACGUCGGCCAUGGACAAGUCUUCCCCAAAACCAACAGUCAAGUCGAAGAAUGAUAAGGAAAUGUGGAAACGUCAAGCCUCAUAUCAAACAUUGAGCACCACGGAAAAGCAAAAGCAAGACAGAUGGGCAAUAUCACAACUACCAAUGAAAGGCCGUGGCAUUUGCUCCAUCUGUCCAGACUUUGGAUGGCUCAGGGAUGGAGGCAGUUAUCGAUGCUUAUGUGGUCUGUACUUCGUGUCAGAUAGAUUAUUGAAGGAAGGAAAAGGUGGAUGUUACAUGGGCGGAAAGAAAUGUAAGGGCCAAACCGACUUGCCGCUAACGGGUCCUUACUACGAACCGCACCUCACGAUAAAUGUCGCGGGCCCUAUGGGGGGUGAUUGGACGUAUAAAAUCUUCGGGACAGAUAACCCGACCAAAGAUCAUGUACGGUGGAGCUGA